AUGGUUUCCCUCGUACCUCUUGCCCACAUCGUGGCGGCCGUCUUUUCUAUCAUCGAGCUCGGCCUCACCUCAUAUGUCGCAAGCGCCUACAACGGCUGGAGUGGCUGGUGGUCUCACUCUCCCGAUAUCGUCAACUUCCUCAUCUUCAACUCCAUCUGGUCACUGCUGGUCCUCGCCUACGUCGGUCUAACCCCUCUGUACAUGACCCGCCUCUUCCACAAGCUUGUCUCUCUUGCUCUUCUUGUCAUCACCACCAUCUUCUGGUUCGCCGGCGCCAUCGCCCUUGCCGUCUUUGUCGGAACCCCUCACUGCGGCGCCAACACGUACUGCGGCUCAGCCCAGGCCGCCGUCGCUUUUGCCUUCUUCAUCUGGGCCAUCUUUAUGUUCCUCACUGUCCUCGACACCCUCGAGGCCAUGCGCUCGCGCGGCCACGCCACCAAGCAUAACCAUGCCUACCCCGGCGCUUAA